GCGCGCAGCUUCACCGGAGUCGCUCGCUCGGUCGAGACCGCAACGAGCAGAUAAAUAAAAAGCCCGAUCCGUUCGUUCAAAGUGUUCCGGCUCCCCGCGGCUCGUCGGGGCGGGGGGGGGGAGGCAGCUGCACCGGGGGGCUGCUGACGGUCCGGUCCGCUCGGCGAGUGAGUCAACGUGCACGUUUCUGCCCAAAACCGGGGGUUUGGUGUCAGAAUUAAAGCGCAGCGGAUGAGACGGGCAGCCUGGGAGAACGAUGUUCGCUCGCCAGUAGCACGCGGCGAGCAUUCCGACUGACUCCUCAAGCUGAGCGAUGGAGGGCGGUGCCGACGCGUCCGUCCCCGCCGAGGUGGGGGGAGGAGAAACCCCACCCGGUAGAGUGGAGGUGGGAGCCGACCCACUCACUCCCGCCGCUUCCUGCGGCGGCAAAGGUCGGCUCAACGGGGAGGCGGAGCCUCCUGCGCCGACGCCGGCGAGUCCCCCUGCCGAGUCUGCGGCGGGCGUGGCGCUGAAAAUGGCCGCGGCCGUUUUGCGGCCGCUGUGCCUUGGAGACGGCCCGCUGAUGCUGCCCAUCCACCUGCAGGUGGCCGGCGCGGCCGCCGCCGGUUCCCAGCUCGGCCCGAUGGGGGCGGCGCCGUACCUGAUAGCGAGCCAGAGCCCGGUGUCGCUCCCGUUGGUCUUGGACCAGCAGGUCCUCCAGCACAUGAGCCCCUCCGGUCCCCAGGCCCCCGGCUGCCCCCAGCUCCAGGGCGCCGUCCUGCGGCCGAACCCGUUCAGCUCGCCCCCGCCGGCCGCGGACCAGAAGUCGGCGGGACAGACGCAGGACGCCAACCUGCUCUCGCUCCUGCAGAAUCCGGCUUUCGCCGCCAUCCUGGAGGACCUCCUCCCCUCCCAGGCGGGCUCCGCCUACUUCCCGCUCCCUCCCCUCGCGGCCCCCUACGUCUCCCCCCUGGCCCCCUUGGUGCCCCCCGCCACGCUCCUGGUUCCCUACCCCGUCAUCAUUCCCCUGCCCGUCCCCCUGCCCGUCCCACUGCCCGUCCCCGUCCCCGUCCCGCAGGCCGAGGACUCCAAAGGGAACGUGCCCAAACCCGUUUGCACUGCGAGUAAAAGCACCCAGACGUCGCCGAGCGAUUCUCCUCCGCCACCGCGCAGGUGUGUCCCGUCAAACGCCUGUCCCUCGUCCUCUGCGAGCGAGGACGAGGGACAGGCCCUGGACCUGUCUCUCAGAGCGUGGUCGGUCGAACCGAAACAGGAAUACCCGAGUCCGCAGCCGGAGGACGUGCGGGACCUGUCGGUGCCGGCCGCCGCGGGAAGAGGUGCCCCGGACGCCGCGGGCCCGUCUUGUCUCUGGGGCGUCCACUGCGAGCAGCUGGACUCAAAACUCCUGGGGGGGCUAGGCUCGCUGGAGUUCAGCCGGCACCACAAGGGGGUGGACAGCGGCAGCGCCGAGACCCUGGAGGUAGUCGGCGCCCGGCAAGCGGCCAAUGUCAUCGUCUCUGAAGACGCCAUCCCUGCCGUCUUCUGCGAGAAGAUCAAGAGAAUCUCAGAGAUCUCCACCAAGAACUUUUCCAUCAAGCAGAGACAGCGGCCAGAGCAUCGAGCGCCGGCGUCCCCCCACGAGGAACAGCACCACGCCGGCAAGAAGCCCCCCAAGAACCGGGCCGUCAAGCCGAAGAAGGUGGGCUCGCAGGAGAUCCACUUCCUCCCCAUCAAGAAGCAGAGACUGCCAGCGCCGCUCCCCAGGAAGUGAGGGGGUUCUGAGACACGUCCACGGCAGGACGUCUCUGCGCCCCUAGUUCUGGUUCUCUGGUUCUCUGACCCGGCUGUGGAGGAGGACCUCAUCCAAACGUCAUAACUGGCCCUCUGAAGACGUUGAGGGACAGUUGAGGGACAGUGAAGACGUCUCCUUUACUGGAGACCUCCAGGGAACCUGAUGGUGGAGCUGAGUGUCCGUCAACACCGGGGCCCUCCCCUCUCCUCCGAUUGGUCCAGCUGCAACGAACGCUCGGCGGCGUCCGGCGUCCAUCGGCGGGACGCGCGAGGGGACUCGUGGGAGAAACACCGGGAGCCCCGGCUGCUUUUUAACGACGUCGACUUCGCUCAUUAAACGUGAAGACAAAGUGUUUCUAGUCUGUUGGGUGUUUGGUGUCUUUUAGAAGGUGUUUGAGUGCACGUUGUCGUAGUGUAGUUGAGCGUUACAGGGUGAUCGGACCGAACACGUCGACCUGCUUCCUUUAUUUAUACACGUGAGCUUAGAUUCCUCACUAAUUUAUUCGGUGUACAACCGUUAUUUAUACGAUGUGACGUCUGACUGGAGGCACCUGGAGCCAUUUUUCACUUUUACAUGGAAAAGAAAUGUUUUCUUUCUGUAGUUUGUGUGCUUUUUUUAUGGAUCUGAAGUCCCAGACGACUGUGUGUCUCUUUCUUUGUGUUCUCCAAUUGUUUGUGUUUGUGUGGAUGGAACUCAUUUAAAAAUGAGGAGGAAAAUAAAUAAAUGCAAUAAAAUCCUGCAAAAAAACGAUCUGCCCGUCAGGAUUUCUUUAGUUUAUUUUCAUUGAUUGUUGAUCCAUUGGUUAUUAGUGUUCCCCUGAGCCCAAGAUGAAGUCCUAACAAUUAAGAAUAUUCCAUAUAUAUGCAAUACGAACAUAAUGUUGACUUGGAGAAAAAAGAUUUGUCCACCAUCAAAAUAAUUAUAAAUUAAUAACGAAGUAUGUCGAUGGUGUGAAAUUUAAUGUGAGGAUAAAAAUGUACAGACACUCUUAAUACACAAAAUCAUAUUUACUUUUGCGGUUAUGCUCUCUAUUGUGUGUUGAAUUUAAUAGAAAAUAGCCAUAAAAUCGGUUCCUCUCAGAUACAAUAAACGUGUGAAUAAUUCAGUCAGUGAAAACACUUUGUUUCUGGGAGGUUUAUAAAAAAGAGGAAAUACACAACGUCAUUGUUUAUGUGGUGCGACAUAAAAUGGACUCGUGACACUUUGAAGAAGAUGCAGGAGAUGAAUCCACAGCGCUGAGGAUCCUCCAGGUCAAAGUCAUUUGGCACAAGUCUUAAAAACCCAAAGGGAUCCAGGCGGAUGAACCGGAAAAUUCUGCUGACUGUCUUUAAAAAUGUAUUUCUUUUUUUUCUUUCUUUUUUUUUUUUUAAACAAACAGUUUGCUACAAAAGUUUGAACUAACAAAGCCGACGCAGACCUGAGAGCAAGGCAGAGAGUAAAGCUCCUCGCGGGAGGAUCCCAACUACGACCUUAAUGCGGUUUAAAAAAGACAUUUCUUCACAUUUCUAACUCGUGUAUAUGAUCUCCUUCUUUAAAAUAUUAGGUUUCUACAAAAUGUACAUUCUGUCGCUGAUAUUCAUGGUUAAAACCCAUAAAAACUGUACACGUCUGUUGCUAACAGUGAUUGUAACGACGAGCCGAGACGCCCCAGAGGGACGUCUCCAACCGUGAUGAGGCCAUGAGGAUGAAGAUGAGGAUGACCGUGAGGAUGAAGAUGGCGGCAGGAAACGUGAAGUUGGAUCCUGUCGGAAUAAAAUGUCUCCGGCCGCGGUUACACUCGUCGUGGGGGCGGGGCUUCCUCAAGAGGUAAAUCUUUGAGUGACAGGAUAAGACGGGAAAUCAUAGUGUUUGUUUCUUCGUUAGCGUAGCUUCGUUAGCGUAGCUUCGUUAGCGUAGCGGCAGGGGAAUAAUUCAUGAAAUAGUUUAGCAAUAAAAAAACAAAUCAAUUAGUUGUCAUCGUUUAAAUUAAAGACUUAAAUGUAUUUCUCUGACUUCUGCUUCUUGUAUGUAAAUAGUUCACCACUUUUCACCAUUAGUAGAACAAAAAGUUAUCGAUUAAUGAAAUUAACCAACGGAUGAGUUAAA